GAAAACGUGCUGCGUUCUGCAGUUCUCAGUAUUGCCUGCCAAACAUGGUUUUCCUAUCUCGUCAAGUUUAUGCUAGACUCUUUCGCCUUCGGAAAAUGCACGAAGGAAUUUCUCAUCCAGAUCGAACGAACAAGAAGAAUUUUAUUUUUCGGUUGACAUGGCAUUUUUAUGGUAGAAGGAGGAACUGCUAUGCUAUAGCUGUCCGUGCAGCUCAGAAGAUGUUACAAAGGGUCACAAGAACACGAAAACAAAAGAAAAUGGAUAUGAAAGAGAUGUGGAUUCAGCGCCUCUCAGCAGCUCUAGCGGAACACGACAUGGAAUAUGUUCCCUUUAUGUCAGUGCUAGCUGAGUCAGACGUUCAGCUAGACAAGAAGGUUUUACAUGACAUUUGCAUAUAUGAACCAAGAACAUUCCAGGGACUGGUUGAGUUUGCUAAACAGAGGCAUCAGGAGAUGGGACUAUAUGAUGCCAUAGCACCUGUCCCAGAGGGAAUCAUGACUCGAUCCAUGUUUGAAAAAAUGGAAAAAGAAAAAACAAAAAGGGAGAUUCGCAGAGAGAAAUUGGGGAAAAAGAUGUUGAAAUGAACAUGGUGCUCUAAACGAGUUAGAAACUUCUUUUACAGUGAAAUUCAAGUUCAUGUCAUCACUGAAAGCCAAAAAACUAGGGGAUUCAAAAUAUCUGCAAGUUUGUGGAGUUGAAUCGCAACCAGACAGAGUGUGCAGGCCACUGAACAGAUUCUGAGAUCUGUAAUGGUUGAUCCUGUUGUGGUGUUAAAACUAGUGAAUGUAAAAAUGAUGUGCACCGUUAUAGAACACUUGUGAUUGGACAAUUGCAAAGCAACAUUGAUUUACAUUAUUUAAUGAACAUUAUACUUGUUUUUGUUUAGUACAGUGUUUUUGUUAAUUACAGUGUUUUUGUUAAUUAGAGUGUAUAAUGAGGUGAAACUAGCUCUUAAAAUAUUGACUAUUCAGCUUCAGUUUGAGCAACUCUUAUUAUAGGUUAGGUACAAAAACUUAUAAAUCAAGUAAUAAUUGUAAAAUAAUGGACUGAAAUUUAAGCUUUAUGCUAUUUUUGGGAACAAACAUUUUAACUGCAGUCGAUUGUUUUGAGGGGGGAGGGGGUCAAGACACUACUUUAGAACCACUUCCUUAUAAACCUAUUUGAAAUAGUGUUAUUCUGUAUGACUGUACUGUACAUUCUUAACUUAGUAAAUACAUAAUUUAUAACAAGGGAGCAUUCACAUGCACAAAAUGUCACGUGUGAAUAAAAUUGGCAUGCUGUCA